AUGGAAUAUAUAUGGUUGCUGUUGCUUCUAGCAAUUAGAGUGCUUCCGGGGUCUGGGCAGUUCAAUGGCUACAACUGUGAUUCCACCCUCCACAGUAGAUUUCCUGCUGAAAGAGACAUCAGUGUCUACUGUGGGGUGCAGGCCAUUACCAUGAAGAUUAAUUUCUGCACGGUUCUUUUCUCGGGUUAUUCAGAAACUGAUCUGGCACUGAAUGGAAGGCAUGGGGACUCCCACUGCAGGGGGUUCAUCAAUAACAACACCUUCCCAGCAGUGGUCAUUUUCAUCAUCAAUCUUAGCACCUUGGAGGGCUGUGGAAACACCUUGGUGGUAUCCACAAUUCCUGGAGUCAGUGCGUAUGGAAAUGCAACUUCUGUACAAAUAGGAAAUAUUUCAGGAUAUAUCGACACUCCAGAUCCACCAACAAUCAUCAGUUAUCUACCUGGGCUUCUUUACAAAUUUAGUUGUAGUUAUCCAUUGGAAUACCUGGUUAAUAAUACCCAGCUUGCUUCGUCCUCAGCUGCUAUUUCUGUGAGAGAGAACAAUGGCACAUUUGUCAGCACUUUGAACCUGCUACUGUAUAAUAGAUGGUGGAAUGUUCUCAUGGAUUAUUGCUACACAACCCCAUCAGGGAACCCCAAUGAUGACAUUCGAUACGAUCUCUUCCUUAGCUGUGAUAAAGAUCCUCAGACCACCGUCAUUGAAAAUGGCCGAAGCCAGCGAGGCCGGUUUUCAUUCGAAGUGUUCCGAUUCGUGAAACAUAAGAAUCAGAAAAUGUCCACGGUCUUCCUGCACUGUGUUACCAAGCUCUGCAGAGCUGAUGAUUGCCCCUUCCUUAUGCCGAUUUGCGGGCCCAGAGAACGGAGAGAUGCGGGGAAGAGGACAACUGGGAGCCCCCAGGGUGCUUCUGGAAGCGCAGUCCUCUCUGCCGGUCCCAUCAUCACUCGGAGCGAUGAGACUCCAACCAACAAUUCACAGCUUGGCUCUCCAAGUGUGCCCCCUUUCCAGCUGAAUCCCAUCACCAGCGCGCUGAUAUCAGGAAUGGUGAUUCUGGGAGUCAUGAGCUUCUCCCUUCUCCUGUGCUCAUUGGCUCUUCUACACAGGAAGGGACCCACUAGUCUGGUGUUGAACGGCAUAAGAAACCCAGUCUUCGACUGA